UUAUGAUGUGAUGUUAUGAUUGUAAUGAAAUUGUCAAAUUGUCAAAAAUUGUUUUUGUAUCUUAGUACCGGUGCAUAAUUUUAAUUAUGCAAUAUAUUUAUAACUAAAUAAUUUUGGCAAAAUGUCAGCUACUGGCAAUAUUCUAGUUGGUGGCGGAACGGGGUUUAUAGGCAAAUCCCUUUGUAAUUUACUAAAACAAAAAGGGUAUGGGGUAACUGUGAUAUCUCGAAUGCCAGGCAUUCACAGGAUAUCAUGGAAUGAAUUACAAGAAUCUGGUCUUCCAAAAGAUACUAAAGCAGUUGUGAAUCUAGCUGGUCAAAAUGUUAUGGACAUAACAAGAAGAUGGACUUCAGGUUUCAAACAGAAUGUAUUUCAUUCAAGAGUAAAUACUACGAAAACAUUAGCCUCUUUAAUUGAUAAGACAAAUGAAAAACCUAAUGUUUUUGUUACCAUAUCAGGAGUUGGUGCCUACAAGCCAAGCACAACAUCAGAAUAUACUGAAGACAGUGUUGUACAACCUUUUGACUUUUUUUCAGGGUUAUGCCGAGACUGGGAGAAUGCAGCACAAUUAAAUGAUAAUCAAUCAAAAUGUAGAUUAGCUACUAUUCGAAGUGGUGUUGUUUUAGGUAGAGAUGGUGGAAUGAUAAAACAAUUGUAUCUCCCAUUCUUUUUGGGAUUGGGGGGACCAGUUGGCAGUGGUUCUCAGUUUAUGCCCUGGAUUCAUAUUGAUGACCUAACACAUUUGAUCCUAUUUGCUAUUGAAAAUCCUAAAGUGGAUGGCAUAUUAAAUGGUGUUGCUGCUAAACCAUGUACCAACUUAGAAUUUUCUAAGGCAUUUGCAAAGGCGUUGAACAGACCUGCUAUAUUUCCUGUACCAACUUUUGUUUUUAAUGCUUUGUUGAGCAAAGAGAGAGCCAUUAUGAUAACAGAAGGUCAAAAAGUAAUUCCUAAAAAGACUAUUGCCCUAGGAUUUAAACACAAAUAUCCAGAUAUAGAAACUGCCUGUAAAGAACUGGUUGCCAAGAAAUAAUCUACAUUAAGAUUCAUCUUAAUAGAUCCUUUUGUGUGAGGAUGUAAAAUUAUCUAAAUGUCAGUGUGAUAAUACAAGAGUUUAGUUAAUAUUAUUAUGAUUUAUUUUUUAAAUUGUUAUUUUGAAGACUGUCAAUAAAAUUAGUUAAGUUACUUAU